GGGGCCUGGCGGCCGAGCGGGGCGGCGGAGCUGCGAGGGACAGCGGCGCGGGAGACGCACGGAGCCAGCCGCAGCCCAGCCCGCGCCCGCCGCCAUGCCCCUGGCCUUCUGCGGCAGCGAGAACCAUUCGGCCGCCUACCGGGUGGACCAGGGCGUCCUCAACAACGGCUGCUUCGUGGACGCGCUCAAUGUGGUGCCGCACGUCUUCCUGCUCUUCAUCACCUUCCCCAUCCUCUUCAUCGGAUGGGGCAGCCAGAGCUCCAAGGUGCACAUCCACCAUAGCACGUGGCUGCACUUCCCCGGGCACAACCUGCGCUGGAUCCUGACCUUCAUGUUGCUCUUUGUGCUGGUGUGUGAGAUCGCGGAGGGAGUCCUGUCUGACGGGGUGACCGAAUCCCGCCAUCUCCACCUGUACAUGCCGGCAGGGAUGGCGUUCAUGGCUGCCGUCACCUCCGUGGUCUACUAUCACAACAUCGAGACCUCCAACUUCCCCAAGCUGCUGAUAGCCCUGCUCAUCUACUGGACCCUGGCCUUCAUCACCAAGACCAUCAAGUUCGUCAAGUUCCACGAGCACGCCAUCGGCUUCUCGCAGCUGCGCUUCUGCCUCACCGGGCUGCUGGUCGUCCUCUACGGCAUGCUGCUCCUCGUGGAGGUCAACGUCAUCAGGGUGAGGAGAUACAUAUUCUUCAAGACGCCGCGGGAGGUGAAGCCCCCCGAGGACCUGCAGGACCUGGGCGUGCGCUUCCUGCAGCCCUUUGUGAACCUGCUGUCCAAGGGCACCUACUGGUGGAUGAACGCCUUCAUCAAGACUGCCCACAAGAAGCCCAUCGACCUGCGGGCCAUCGGGAAGCUGCCCAUUGCCAUGCGGGCCCUCACCAACUACCGGCGGCUCUGCGAAGCCUUCGACGCCCAGGCGCGGAAGGAUGCACAGAGCCCGCAGGGUGCCCGGGCUAUCUGGCGGGCUCUCUGCCACGCCUUUGGGAGACGCCUGGUCCUCAGCAGCACCUUCCGCAUUCUGGCCGACCUGCUGGGCUUCGCCGGGCCACUGUGCAUCUUUGGGAUCGUGGACCACCUGGGGAAGGAGAACCACGUCUUCCAGCCCAAGACGCAGUUUCUCAGGGUUUACUUCGUCUCCUCGCAAGAGUUCCUUGCGAAUGCCUACGUCUUAGCCGUGCUCCUCUUCCUCGCCCUCCUGCUGCAGAGAACGUUCCUGCAGGCAUCCUACUACGUCGCCAUCGAGACCGGGAUCAACUUGCGCGGCGCCAUCCAGACCAAGAUUUACAAUAAAAUUAUGCACCUGUCCACCUCCAACCUGUCCAUGGGGGAGAUGACUGCCGGGCAGAUCUGUAACCUGGUGGCCAUUGACACCAACCAGCUCAUGUGGUUUUUCUUCUUGUGCCCAAACCUCUGGGCUAUGCCAGUACAGAUCAUCGUGGGUGUGAUCCUCCUCUACUACAUCCUGGGAGUCAGCGCCUUGAUUGGAGCAGCGGUCAUCAUUCUGCUGGCCCCCGUCCAGUACUUCGUGGCCACCAAGCUCUCGCAAGCCCAGCGGAGCACCCUGGAGUAUUCCAACGAGAGGCUGAAGCAGACCAACGAGAUGCUGCGUGGCAUCAAGCUGCUCAAGCUGUACGCCUGGGAGAACAUCUUCUGCGCUCGGGUGGAGCUGACCCGCAGGAAGGAGAUGACCAGCCUCAAGGCCUUCGCUGUCUACACCUCCAUCUCCAUUUUCAUGAACACGGCCAUCCCCAUCGCAGCUGUCCUCAUCACCUUCGUGGGCCACGUCAGCUUCUUCAAAGGGGCCGACUUCUCGCCAUCGGUGGCCUUUGCCUCCCUGUCCCUCUUCCACAUCCUGGUCACCCCGCUCUUCCUGCUGUCCAGUGUGGUCCGCUCGACAGUCAAAGCGCUGGUGAGUGUGCAGAAGCUGAGCGAGUUCCUGUCGAGUGCAGAGAUCCGCAAGGAGCAGAGUGCUCCCCGUGAGCCCGCACCCCAGAGCCAAGCCAGCAAGUACCAGGCGGUGCCCCUCAAGGUGGUGAACCGCAAGCGCCCGGCCCGGGAGGAUUGUCGGGACCUCAUGGGCCCCCUGCAAAGGCUGGCCCCCAGCGCGGACGGAGAUGCCAACAGCUGCUGUGUCCAGAUCAUCGGAGGCUUCUUCACGUGGACCCCGGAUGGGAUCCCCACGCUGUCCAACAUCACCAUCCGUAUCCCCCGAGGCCAGCUGACCAUGAUCGUGGGGCAAGUGGGCUGCGGCAAGUCCUCGCUGCUGCUUGCCACGCUGGGGGAGAUGCAGAAGAUCUCGGGGACUGUGUUCUGGAACAGCAGCCUUCCUGACAGCGAGACGGGAGAUGACCACAGCCCAGAGCGGGAGAACGCGGCCGUCUCGGAUGUCAGGAAGAGAGGCCCUGUGGCCUAUGCGUCUCAGAAGCCAUGGCUGCUGAACGCCACGGUGGAGGAGAACAUCACCUUCGAGAGCCCCUUCAACAAGCAGCGGUACAAGAUGGUCAUCGAAGCCUGCUCGCUGCAGCCAGACAUCGACAUCCUGCCCCACGGAGACCAGACCCAGAUUGGGGAGCGGGGCAUCAACCUGUCUGGUGGUCAGCGCCAGCGAAUCAGUGUGGCCCGUGCGCUCUACCAGCACACCCACGUCGUCUUCUUGGAUGACCCCUUCUCGGCUCUGGACGUCCACCUGAGCGACCACCUGAUGCAGGCGGGGAUCCUGGAGCUGCUUCGGGACGACAACAGGACGGUGGUGCUGGUGACCCACAAGCUGCAGUACCUGCCCCAUGCCGACUGGAUCAUAGCUAUGAAGGACGGCACCAUCCAGAGGGAGGGGACCCUCAAGGACUUCCAGAGGUCUGAGUGCCAGCUCUUUGAGCACUGGAAGACCCUCAUGAACCGGCAGGACCAAGAGCUGGAGAAGGAGACCGUCAUGGAGAGAAAAGCCACGGAGCCAUCGCAGGGCCUGCCCCGGGCCAUGUCCUCCAGAGACGGCCUUCUGCAGGAUGAGGAAGACGAAGAAGAGGAGGUGGCCGAGAGCGAGGAGGACGACAGCCUGUCCUCGGUGCUGCACCAGCGCGCCAAGAUCCCGUGGCAGGCCUGUGCCAAGUACCUGUCCUCGGCCGGCGUCCUCCUCCUCUCGCUGCUAGUCUUCUCCCAGCUGCUCAAGCACAUGGUCUUGGUGGCCAUCGACUACUGGCUGGCCAAGUGGACAGACAGUGCCCUGACCCUGAACCCGACGGCCAGGAACUGCUCCCUCAGCCAGGAGUGCACCCUGGACCAGACUGUCUACGCCAUGGUGUUCACGGUGCUCUGCAGCCUGGGCAUCGUGCUGUGCCUCGUCACCUCUGUCACCGUGGAGUGGACGGGGCUGAAGGUGGCCAAGAGGCUGCACCGCAGCCUGCUCAACCAGAUCAUCCUGGCUCCCAUGAGGUACCUCGUCUCCCUCGGCCAGCCUGCAGCUUCUGCAGCUGGGAACACGGUGACCCGGCCCCUCGUCGAUGCCAGACCUCGCCACCUGGCUGCACCCUACUUCGCAGCUCCGUUUUUUGAGACCACGCCCCUGGGGAGCAUCCUGAACAGAUUUUCGUCUGACUGUAACACCAUCGACCAGCACAUCCCCUCCACGCUGGAGUGCCUGAGCCGCUCCACCCUGCUCUGCGUCUCAGCCCUGGCUGUCAUCUCCUACGUCACACCUGUGUUCCUCGUGGCCCUCCUGCCCCUGGCCGUCGUGUGCUACUUCAUCCAGAAGUACUUCCGGGUGGCGUCCAGGGACCUGCAGCAGCUGGAUGACACCACCCAGCUCCCGCUGCUCUCUCACUUUGCGGAAACCGUGGAGGGCCUCACCACCAUCCGGGCCUUCAGGUACGAGGCCCGGUUCCAGCAGAAGCUCCUGGAAUACACAGACUCCAACAACAUCGCCUCGCUCUUCCUCACGGCUGCCAACAGGUGGCUGGAAGUCCGCAUGGAGUACAUUGGCGCGUGCGUAGUACUCAUUGCGGCAGCAACCUCCAUCUCCAACUCCCUGCACAGGGAGCUCUCUGCUGGCCUGGUGGGCCUGGGCCUCACCUACGCCCUCAUGGUCUCCAACUACCUCAACUGGAUGGUGAGGAACCUGGCGGACAUGGAGAUCCAGCUGGGGGCUGUGAAGCGGAUCCACGGGCUCCUGAAAACCGAGGCCGAGAGCUACGAGGGGCUGCUGGCUCCCUCGCUGAUACCCAAGAACUGGCCGGACCAAGGGAAGAUCCAGAUCCAGAACCUGAGCGUGCGCUACGACAGCUCCCUGAAGCCCGUGCUGAAGCACGUCAACGCCCUCAUCUCCCCCGGACAGAAGAUCGGCAUCUGCGGCCGCACAGGCAGUGGCAAGUCCUCCUUCUCGCUGGCUUUCUUCCGCAUGCUGGACAUGUUCGAAGGGCGCAUCAUCAUCGAUGGCAUCGACAUCGCCAAACUGCCACUGCACACCCUGCGCUCGCGCCUCUCCAUCAUCCUGCAGGACCCCGUCCUCUUUAGCGGCACCAUCCGAUUCAACCUGGACCCCGAGAGGAAGUGCUCCGACAGCACGCUCUGGGAGGCCCUGGAGAUUGCCCAGCUGAAGCUGGUGGUGAAGGCACUGCCGGGAGGCCUUGAUGCCAUCAUCACCGAAGGCGGGGAGAAUUUCAGCCAGGGCCAGAGGCAGCUGUUCUGCCUGGCUCGGGCCUUCGUGAGGAAGACGAGCAUCUUCAUCAUGGACGAGGCCACAGCUUCUAUCGACAUGGCCACGGAGAACAUCCUCCAAAAGGUGGUGAUGACGGCCUUCGCAGACCGCACUGUGGUUACCAUCGCGCACCGCGUGCAUACUAUCCUGAGCGCCGACCUGGUGAUGGUCCUGAAGCGAGGCGCCAUCCUCGAGUUCGACAAGCCCGAGAAGCUGCUCAGCCGCCAGGACAGCGUCUUUGCCUCCUUUGUGAGAGCGGACAAGUGACCCGCCAGAGCCUCCUGCCACGCCUGCCCCGCCUGCCCCCCCCCCCGCCCCGCCUGGGUUUUCUAACUGCCAAUCGCCUGUAAAUAAAGAGAUUCCGUCUUUGCUGCUGGAGGCCCCCUGUCUGGUGGGCUGGGGCUGGCAGUGGAUGGCGGGUGCCUGUCCUUGGCACGGGGCAGACCUGAAGGAGCCGUGUGAGCGUGGGCGGAAGCACGUUUCCAUGUCUGUGAAAGGAGGGCUGCCUUUGUCAGGCUGCUGUGACAAACUACUGGGGGACUGUAGCAGCAGCAGCUUGGCUCUCACAGUUCUGCAGGCUCAAGUCCAAGAUCAAGGUGUUGCAGCUUUGCUUUCUCCUGACGCCAUGCUCCUUGGCUUCCAGACAGACACUGUGUCUUCAAGUGGCCUUUCUGCUGUGCACACCCGUCUCUGGGCUGGCGCUCGCUCUCUCUCUCCCUUUCUCUCUCUCUCUCUCUUUAUAAGGAUACCAAUCUGGACUGGCACUGUGCAGUGCAUCCCAUACAGGCACCACUUUGAGUCCCAGCUGCUCCACUUCCAAACCAUAUCCCUGCUGAUGGCCUGGGAAAGCAGUAGAAGAUGGCCCAAGUCCUUGGGCCUCUGCACACACACGGGAGACCUGAAAGAAGCUCCUGGCUCCUGGCCUCAGAUCAGCCCAGCUCAGCCUUUGCAGACAUUUGGGGAGUGAGCCAGCAGAUGGGAGACCUGUCUCUCUCUGCCUCUGCUUCUCUGUAACUCUGCCUUUCAAAUAAAUAAAUCUUUUUAAA